UAGUAAAUAUGGUUUUGUUGAAAAGACGGUGGAUGGUGUUUUUGUUUCAAUCAAUGCAAUUAACGGCCAGUUUGUGUCAAAUACAUUUAAAGCUGAUAUUCAGAUUGCACGCUUUGUCGUUCAAAGUGUUUCGCCCUCAAAUUGGCAACCGGCCGAUUUAAGAAUGACGCGGAUCAAAGAUAACACACGCGGUGAAACUUUACUCUUCAAGAUGGUGGAGUGGUCAACGAUUCGAUUGACAAUUGAUGCGUUAGAUCAUGAAGGUGGUAGACCUAACACACCAAUUAGAAUCAUUACCAAUCAAGGACAGAUUCAUAUAACAAUGAAGAAGAAGUUAAGUGAUUGUGAUAUUGUGGCUUCCAAAUUGAGUGUGCUAUUAGAUGAUAUACUAUGGGUGCUCACUGACUCUCAGAUAAAAGCUGUUAUUAUGCAUUUUCGUAGCUUGAACCCAGUCAUACAGAAAUCAACCCAGCAAAGCAAGGCAAUGGCCAAUCAAAAACAACAGACAACCCCUGUAACAAAGCAAGAGGUUGAUGCAAAGCGCCCUCACAAUAUAAAGAAUGCAAAAGAACUCGCUCAACUUCAGUACUUUGAGCAAUAUGAUAUACAUGAAACCUCCUACCAUUUUUGUACCCAAAGAAUUGAUCUUCAUCUUUGUGAUGAGAUGAACAGAGCUGAGAAAGAUGCUGUCUUUAAACUGUGGGAAAUAAGAAACAGUGAAUCUUUCAAAAGGCGAGUUGAUGGUGGAGCUAUGCAACUGACUUUACACAAACUGUUUGUCGACUAUUAUCCAUUCCAUACAGCAAGUUCAAGCCGCGAGCAUUGGGAACGGUAUGAUGAUGCUAUGAAAGCUGCCGAUAAGUGGGUCCAUGCAAUACUCGGACAUUUUAAACAGCAAUAUACACAUGCUAAGCAACAUCUGGCGAAAGCAAAAGAACAGGCAAAGUCUGCAAAAAGAGGUGAACAGGGGGAAUGUGGUAAUAUAAUGCAAGAGCAAAUGAGAGAUGAACCAGACAGCAAGAACUCAACACCAGUGAAUGAAAAUGACAACAGAGUGAACAGUGUUCCGAAAGACAUUAAAAACCCAAAUAUACAGGUGAAGUUUGACAAUACAAAGAAAACAAGUAACAUUUCUGAUGAGGUUAAAGGUCAAACAAAGCCACCGGUACCAAGGGGUUCUCCCGCUGCAAAACCUGUAAAACUGUUAGCACAUUGUGCAAUUAUUCGCAUCAGUGACUUUGAAAUUUUUAAUUUAUCAACAUCCGAAACAGCAUCAAAAGGAUCCCCUAGUAAACUGUUCUCCUCAGACAAAAAGGCACUGUUUCUCCCACCGGAAAUGUCUUCCGUACACAUCGAAUACACGUCUUAUUAUUUUCCCGACGGAUUAGAUUUUCCAGUGCCCGCUCCAAAUGUGUUUGCACAGUUCAACCCAUUCCAGUUCACCUUGGAUUAUAAAACCAUCCUAUGGAUCAACCAAUUUGUGUUUAAUAUCAAACAGUCAUUGCCUGAAGAUUUGCAAUCAGAGCCUAGCCCAACAAUAGGUAUGGAUCACAUAGACAUGAGAGUAGAUGCCCUUAUGCCUAAGAUUAUUCUUCUUGUACCAAACAUGAUUCCAGAGCAGCCAGACAGGCCGGAAUCACUCUUGAUUCAACUUUCUCAACUAACAGCAUCAAAUUGCCGCAUCGGAACCAACACUACACGCUCUGAACUCUCCACCAAACUUCAGCAACUCUACAAGUCAAGAUUGUUCACGAGUGGCCAUUCUUUCCCGAAUCGGGAAGAUGAUUUCACAACUCUGCCGCAACUCUUCUGGGAUCACGCAUUUCAACCAAACUUCUUUCUUCCUGGAGUACAGAAUGAAAAUGUUGGGUUGGAGCACAAACAAAAGGCAGAAAGGACUAAGCCUGAUAUUACAACAGAUUCUAAUCAACUGAAUGUGGAUGAAGGUAGCAAAAACCUAAAGUCUGAAUGUCUGAAGGAAUUUAAGUUGUCAACAUACACAUUCAGAGAAGACUCUAGGCGUGAUAAUUGGUGUAUCAAGAUCGACCAGAUAUGGGCAGAUUUUCUCAAACCAAAAGAGUUCAAAGACCGACAGAUUCCAUUUAUAGAUGCCAUUCCAUUAACAAUAUGGGUUUGCUUUCCCACACAAUUGAAUGACACCAAUGCAACUGAAGAAACAGAAGAAGCUAAUGGUGAACCUCAAAAAAUGCAAUGUCAAUCAAGAAAACUUUUUCUGACACCAGAUGAUAAGAAUUGUCAGAUAGAGAUUGAUCAGCUAAGAACAAGUUUACUGGAGAAUGGGACAGAAGAGACUGUAGAUGUGACUAGGAUAUCUGAAAGGAAACUGGAUAAGAAUACUAUCUUAAACAACAAGAAUGAUGUCAAAGAUAAUGAACAGACAGAGCCAACUAAAGCAAAGCAUGGAGACAUGCAUCUGCUUAUUCACACCAGCGAGAUGGUUCGCCUCGUCAUCCAACACUAUCAAGUAUUGUUUCUGCUCCGUCUACAGACAUCAGUUCAGAAACUUUUGCAAGAGAUGGAAGAAGAUCAAAUAAUGCUUAGUACACGGAAGGAGCUACCACCUUCAAGCAAAAUAGUCGCCUUUCGUUGUCCUGAGAUUGAGGCCACGCUAUUGAUGGCUCCAGCUCCAGAUGGCGAAUCCGAUGAUGUUCAAAGUGAAGGUAUUUCUGUUGGAAAUAGUGCUGGAAGCUUAGAAGAAAAGGAACUAACAGCAUUAGUCAGUGGAGAGAGUGUAGAAGAUGUUGAUGCUGCUAAACCCGUGAAUAGUCCUAUUGGAUCCUGUCCUGGUGAGGCAUCUGUUUCUAGCAGUUUACCAAGUAGCCCAAGUAUAGACACUUUAUCGGAUUCGAUGCCUAGUAUUGCCUAUUCUCAGACUCUAGUGACAGAGGGAAAGAUUGAUGGUGAAGAAUCCCGUAGAAGAACUUCAACACAAAUGAUAGAAAACACUCCAAUUGAACAAUACUCAGAAUUCCGACAAAGAGCUGCAACACAGCCAACUUCAAAGAAAUACUCUGAUACCUUGCCAAAAGUUGUCAGUAAUGGCCCGGAUGUUGUAAUUGAUUCUAUGGCAGAUCAACCAUUAGAGAAUGGUUUAGCUGGUAAUUAUACUAAACCAAACCAUAGAACUCUAUCUAAUACCGAUAUAUCAAACAAGGAAGGCAUAAAUUCUUCAAGGUUGGAUUCAGACGCAAGAGCAACAAGUCCAGUAAUGGUCAACUCUAGUUUGAAUGUAUCAUAUGUGAUGACGCCCAGAAGUGCGUCACAUUCUGACCUAGCUAAGAUAUCUGCCUCAGGUCUUUCAGCAUCAUUUACCCAGAAGCAGCAGAUGCUGAUGGGUUCUGCAGUGUCUCUGGAUGAAGUUGGUUCAAUUGGUUUUGAGACGCUCUCUAUCAAAAGUGAUUCAAGUGAUAGUAGUUUUACCUUUGUGAAUUCAACUCGGCAAAAAUUUGAAGUGGAUCAAGAGAGUGGUCUUGGAAGUGAGCUAUCUCAGUCCCUACCGGUACUGAAUGGCCAGCCACCUGAUGGUCAUCAAGAAUCUGAAACAAAGGUCUCAGAAUCCCCGGAUGGAGUGGAAGCUUCCAAACUCUCUGAACUUACUAUGGACGAUAUGUACAAGGACAGCAAACAUAAGCUAAAUAUGGUGUCUGUUGUGAAAUUCAACUUAAAUGGAGUCGAUGCGGCAGUAGACUUAGACAACAAUGACAUGGCCGCUAGGAUUGAGAUUGGGGGCUUAGAACGAGAAGAACAAGGCAAUAUGAAUUACGAGCAAUACAUGUCAAAACGACAAACUGAUUUAAGUAGAAAAGCCAGUGAUGCAAGUGAACGAGAAUUACUAUUGCAGGCUAGACUUCAAUCUCCAGUUGUAAAAAUCAGAUUUGUAAGUGGGCCAGGAGCUGAGAGGUUCUGUGAGACGGCUGCAGAAAGAGGCUACUUAAUAUUAAAGGUGGACAGUUUAACUUGCGAAUUCUUAAAGUCAACCAUUUCAAAUCUAUCAGGAUUUGUGGAUGAUGAGAUAAUUGGAGAAGCUAUGCCGAUGAAAGUUGAACUUAAAAACACAAAAAUACAAUUACAGGAUGAUAUGCCACUGGUGUACCUCACAAGUCCGCCUCCCAUUCCUUUUGAUGUUAACAUAGCACGUAUGACAAUUGAGCGAUCACCUGAUGGGGUGUUCCAUAUAAGAGAUGAGGUCCAUGAACGUGCUAUUGACAGGUGUGAUGGUCCGCUUGUGUUCAUUGACCAAGAGUUCCUCCAGAGUCAUAACCAGUUGGAAAUGGAGAACCAACAACUAAAAGAACAAGUUCACAUGAUGGGUGCAGGAAUCACUACCCUUGAGCAAGAGAGGGCAUCUCUACUCGCCACAUUAGAGCACCUGCAGGAGGAACUCCUUGCAACAGACCGACAGAAGGAUGCCCUCCAGGGUAAGGUCACAGAAUUGUUACGACGUCUGAUGGCAGCAAAGAAGUAAUCUUCAGUUGAUGGCAGCAAAGAAGUAAUCUUCAGUUGAUAACAGCAAAGAUGUAAUCUCCAGUUGAUGGCAGCAAAGAAGUAUUAUACAACUGAUAGCAGCAAAGAAGUAAUCUCCAGUUGAUGGCAGUUAAGAAGUCCCUUUCUGGUUGUCACAGCUUGUCUUAUCCUAUUAUUAAGUAGAUGAUGUUUCUCAAGUUAAUUUCAGCAUUAAUUGUUUUGUAUGUUAUUUUGUACAUACAUUUAUUAAUAUUUUUUCAAUUCUUUUUUAUUUGAACAUAAUCAAAUUAUCCCUUGAUAAGCCAAUGCCAUUGAAUGAGGUAGCUAGAUAUUUUCCUUGAUGUUCUUUAAAAGAGCUCUUAGCUAUAAUUGUCUAAGAAUGUUAUUUUUCCAUAAGAAGUAUGAGUAAAUACAUUUCUAAGUAGGUUAGUAUAUGUCAAUAUAUCUUUCACAGUUUCCUAAAGA